UAUGAAAUCUGGCCAAUCAUAUUUCGCCUUGUUCAGUCUUCGUCCAAUAGCCUGUUAGCUUGUAUGAUUACGACAGAAAGCAACAAGAACUUUCCAAGAUGGUGCUUGAAAGUACUAUGGUCUGUGUGGACAACAGCGAAUACAUGAGAAAUGGAGACUUUCUACCGACGAGGCUACAGGCUCAGCAAGAUGCUGUCAACAUUGUUUGCCACUCCAAAACACGCAGUAACCCAGAAAACAACGUGGGCCUCAUCACUAUGGCAAAUAACUGUGAGGUCCUGACCACACUGACACCAGAUACUGGCCGCAUCCUGUCCAAACUCCACGCUGUCCAACCCAGAGGAAAGAUCUCCUUCUGCACAGGCAUCAGAGUGGCUCAUCUGGCCCUAAAGCACAGACAAGGCAAAAACCACAAGAUGAGGAUCAUUGCCUUUGUUGGAAGUCCUGUGGAGGAUAAUGAAAAAGAUCUUGUCAAGUUGGCAAAGCGCUUGAAAAAAGAGAAAGUGAAUGUGGAUAUCAUCAACUUUGGAGAAGAGGAGGUGAAUACAGAAAAGCUGACUGCUUUUAUAAAUACUCUAAAUGGGAAGGAGGGGACAGGCUCCCACCUGGUCACAGUCCCUCCAGGGCCCAGUCUGGCUGAUGCGCUGCUCUCCUCUCCCAUCCUGGCUGGUGAAGGAGGCUCUAUGAUGGGUCUUGGUGCCAGUGACUUUGAGUUUGGUGUGGAUCCUAGCGCUGAUCCAGAGCUGGCCCUGGCCCUGCGUGUAUCAAUGGAGGAGCAGCGACAGAGGCAGGAGGAAGAGGCACGCAGAGCUGCUGCUGCUUCUGCGGCUGAGGCAGGCAUGCCCACACCCAGCGCAGAUGAAUCAGAGGAGGCCUUAUUGAAGAUGUCAGUAUCUCAGCCUGAAAGCGGUGCAGCAGUGCUUCCUGACUUCAGCAGCAUGACAGAGGAGGAGCAGAUAGCCUACGCCAUGCAGAUGUCUCUUGCUGGAGGAGAGUAUGGAGAAAUGGACACAGGGGCCCCCAUGGACACUACAGAAUCAGCCAAGGAGGAAGACGACUAUGACGUGAUGCAAGACCCAGAGUUCCUUCAGAGCGUCUUGGAGAACCUGCCCGGCGUCGACCCGAACAACGAGGCCAUCCGCAACGCCAUGGGCUCCCUGGCCUCCCAGACAGGGAACAAGCCAGAUGGCAAAAAGGACGAGGAGAAGAAGAAAUGAGGAACAAAAGAGACAGACAGAGACUUCAGACAUUGACCAGAAGAAAAAUGAACAAUUGCAGACUUAAUGCAGGAUUUCUUUAAUAUACUAAAAGAUUGCUGAUGCAUUGCCCUGCAUGACAGCACUCUGACAUUUAACACCAUCCUUUUUUGUCAAGACACUCAAAAGCACCAACAUACAAAAAAUAAAGAUCCCACAGUCCUGAAUGACUAUAUAUUGUAAAAUCUGACUGCCCAGUAACAUAAAUUUAUCUGAUCUCAUAAUGUAAUAUGAGCUUAUUCUCAAACUGCCUUGUGCACUCUUUACCCUAAAUUUUCCCUACAUGGUAUAAUUACUGAUUGAUCCACCACAAGGGAGAAAAAAUGUGAUGACAGGUUCUUAAACUAAACAUUUAGCCACACUCCUGUCAUGUCUUUGUGUUUUUUGCAAUAAAAGCUAUGUGUAUAUA